AUGUCUCGUUUUCUGGUUUCGUCUGCUGACUCGGCGGCCGAGGAAAUGUACGACCCGAAACCGCUAGAUACACCUUCGCAGCCUAACGUUUUACACAGACAAUCGACCAAUGGGUCUGGCGUGUCGAGGAUCUUGGAAGGGAUCCGUGAUGACCAUCAGCAGGAUAACGAGGAGUACGUGGUGAAGUCGGCGGUGCCGUUGGCCGAGGAGGCUAUUCACGACGAGUUGGAUAGAGUGUCUAGGCAGCUCACGUACCAGAGUAAAGAUAAGGCUCCGUCCAUUGAGUCGCUCAGCCAUACCACGCUGACCGAGGAGGAGCUGGGGGACCAUCCUGUGGAUGGGCUUUUUGCUAUUUGGCAGGCGGUGUUGACGAUGUUGUUGGUGUUUCUGACGUGGGGUGCUAACGCUGCGUUUGGUGUGUUUUUGAACUACUACAUGUCGAAUAGUUCGUUUCCGGGCGCUGACAAUUACGAUUUUGCGCUUAUAGGUGGUAUAGUGGUGUUUUUGGCCCAGGCACUAGCGCCAGUUUGUUGUUUUUUUACUAGUAUGUUUGGCCAAACGCCGGUUCUUCUUACAGGGUUGGUUUGCCAGACGGCUGGGUACAUGCUAGCGUCGUUUUGCACGAAACUCUGGCAAAUUUACUUGUGCCAGGGUGUACUUGUGGGUACAUCAUUCAGUUUGAUUUUCAUUCCAGGCACCAUGAUUCUCCCGACAUGGUUUCUGAAACGUAAAUCCACUGCCAUGGGUAUUUGCGUUUCCGGUGCUGGUUUGGGUGGCUUGGUGUUUUCCUUGUCGUUAAACAAACUUAUAUCUCAAACAGGCGACCAACGUUGGCCUCUUCGAAUGGUGGGUUUUGUUACCCUUGGAACAACCAUCUUCAGUAUGUGCUUCAUGAGACAACGAAACAAGAAAACCAUCGAUAUUAAUACUUCCAAAAUCACCUGGGAACGGUGCAAGGCUAUUCUCAAGGUGGUGUUCAACAUCGAGCUAUUCAAGUCUCUCCACUUUGUCGUUUUGGGCUGCUGGUUUGGAUUAUGCCUCUUGGGAUACGUCAUUUGUCUUUAUUCCUUUUCUCCAUAUGCAUCCAGUGUUGGUUUAACCCACGACCAGGCCAAUAACUUAUUAGCCAUUUUGAACGCAGCUCAGGUGGUUGGCAGACCUUGCGUUGGUAACCUUGCUGAUUAUUUUGGCAGAACAAACACAGCCAGUGUAUUUUGUGUGUACUUGGCGAUUUUAAUUUUGGCCUUCUGGCGUAACGCUACUUCCUACGCUGCCUUAAUCGUUCUUUCAAUUUUACUUGGAGGUCCAGCCGGUGUUGGUUCCAUCAUGGCUCAGUCGCUUGGUGCCGAUAUCUUGGACGUUCAAGAAAGACCUGAACUUAUGCCUGCUGCAUGGUCUGGUCUUAAUAUCAUCGUUUCCAUCUAUUCCCUUCCGUCAGAAGUAAUCGCCAUUGCCUUAAAAGACGAAGGUAAAAAUAAUGUCUACGACCAUGCACAAACUUUCACUGGCUGUAUGUUUCUUCUUGCAGCUGUGCUUCUUCUGUUCAACAGAGAGUACAUUGUACGCAGAAAGUUUGAAAAAAGAAGAGCCCAUGCCCAGGCAGCUGCCACAGGAUACUUAAAAGCCAGCGAUCUCGUCGAGGCUGAAGACAGAGAACUCCCUAUGACCAGAAUCGAACGUUAUGACAGACUCUUACAGCCCGGCAUCAUAUACUAUUUCAUUCGCAUGUUCUACCCAAUCAGGGUAUAA